AUGACCCAGCUAUACUCAAAAGCCACCCAUGCGCGUUGUCUGUUGAGAAUGAAGCCCGGUGAUUGGCUGGGUGAAGGACCAAUUGAGAAAAGGGACAAGGAUUUGCUUGAUGCAGAGAGUGUAUCCUUUCUGGAUUACAACCGAGGAAGCUAUCUUCGCAAGAUCUAUCACAUGAAAGCUGGAGAGAAGUUCGACAUGACAAACUGGACCGUCGAAAACGACGAAACGUGCAAAGAGUUGGUGCGCUCUGCGGGAGGACACCUGUAUGGCUACGGCAUCACCACUUCGCCAGCUAUCCAUUGGGCUUCUGUGACUGUCAAUGUCAAUAUCUCGGGAACUCCUGGUUCGGGAUUCAACUGGGGUUACCUCUCGACACGUCCUGCCAACAUCCGCAUAUUCAAAGGUCCAGCCCACACCUGUGCACUGCAUCCCUGGGAUGCAAUGAUUCUUCGAGAUUGCACACCAAACACCGAUAAUCUGUCCAACAUCAAGAGCAUUGAGUCGCGGAAAUGGGAUAUUCUCUGCAUGAAAAUGUGUGAAGACUAUGACUAUCCAUGGGUGGUUGUUGCUGUCAAAGAUGCUGGAACCGCACCAGAGCCAGGUGCCGGAUCACUGUAUGAAGCUCGUGUUGAGGUGACAUUACUGACUCUGUUGGCCUACAUGGAUGCCUUCGAACCACCCUCAAAGCGAAGGAGAACUGGGACCUACGCAACAAGACGGAGGACCGUAAACACUGCAGACGAAGAAGAUACCACCCUCGGCGUUGCACAAAACAGCACCGAGAAUCGAAAUACUGCAGCAGAACAAGCAGUCAGAUUCGGAGAAGAUACGACCGACAGAAGGGAAGACACCGAAGCGGCAAAGACUGCGUCAAGAAGCAGCAGCAUCAGAAAGAGAAGGCCUACAGACCGAGCAUUGGAGACCAGUGCAGAUGCUACAUCUACUACCAAUAACGGAAGGCAGCCACGGAAAAGUGCAAAGGCGAAUGAGACGGGAAACGUAGAAAAGGCUUUAGAGUCGGCUGCUGCUCCGGAAGUAAUCGAUGAAGCCGGUGAUGACGAAGAAGAUGAGCACGAGGACACCACUCAGCAACGGCGCUCAAGCGGACGGGCACGACGAGCGCCUCGACGGUUCUCACCCGAUCCAGAACUGUUGGAAAAGCCCUCUCAACCACAGACAAAGCCGUCGCAGAAAUCGCAACCGAAGCCGAGACAGACCAAGAACGUAAGCGAGGACAACGGAGCAGUUGCACCCUCACCUCAACCCAAAGGUAUCCUAACGCCCUCUCGGCAUGGCCGCGCAAAGAACACGAGCCCGCGAAAAUCGGUGGUAUUUGAUGCAGAUGAGCAGCAGAUCGAAGAACAGCUCGGUUUCAAGGAUAUCAACACAUCGAGCAAGAGCAAGAGCAAGGGCAAGGAGCCAAAGGACACGAACAAACCGCCAGAUUCUCCGUCAAAAGGGUCCCUGCCCCAGAGGCAGGUCGGCUCAAAGGACAAUAAAGCAGGGACAGGUUUGCUUCUGGACGAUAUACACGACGAGGAUGACGAGAUUGAGAUUGAACCUGCGCCCGAUGUGGACGACAUCCUCUCCUGGAAUAACACCAAGACGACUGUGACAGAUGGAAAUCAAGAAACAUCACAACCCGAACAAGAAGAUGCUCAUAUCACCAAGAUCAAGACCGAGAUCAUCAGCCGCAUCACCAAUCAAUCCCUCCCUGCCAUCUCCAAUCUACAAACCCAGUACGACACCCUGCACUCCCUUCUCGAAGCGACAGUCGCAGCAGGCGAGUCCAACUCCCUACUUCUACUAGGCUCCCGAGGCAGCGGCAAGUCGCUGCUCAUCUCGCACGCUCUAGCCGACCUGAGCAGAUCCCACGGCGACGACUUCCACAUUGUGCGGCUCAACGGCUUCUUCCAGACCGACGACAAGCUUGCUCUCCGCGAGAUUUGGCGGCAACUUGGUCGCGAAAUGGCCGUCUCCGAGGACGAGACAGGCGAAGUGACCAGCUACGCCGACACGAUGGCCAGUUUGCUCAGCCUGCUCUCACACCCGGAAGAGUUCACAGACCCGAACGCGAUGAUGCUCGACAAUGUUGACCAAAAUGAAGAAGUCAACAAGACUGCUAAAAGUGUCAUCUUCGUCCUCGACGAGUUCGAUUUGUUCACCACACACCCAAGACAAACACUGCUGUACAAUCUUUUCGACAUUGCACAGGCGAGGAAGGCUCCUAUCGCGGUGAUCGGCUGCUCUACUAGGAUGGACGUGGUUGACUGUUUGGAGAAACGUGUCAAGAGCCGCUUCAGCCACCGUUGGCUGCACCUACCGAGCAUGAAGACCUUGAAAGCGUUCGAGGAUGCAGUUGUAAACACGUUGGUCAUGCCCAUUGAUGGCAAGGAGGCUCUCGGCGUGACCAAGGAUGACCUUGAGUGGAGGCAGAGGUGGAAUACAGCCAUAAAGACUCAACUCCUCUCUCAGACUAACAUUCAAGACCUGCUCAAGAAGACCUUCUACAGCACCAAGUCCAUUCCUGACGUCCUUGCCGCCUUGUACAUACCUAUCGCCACACUCUCUGUUUCUGACGAGUCCGAUGGUCGAACCACAGCCAAUGAUAACGACGCAAACGCAGGCAUGGUCAGGAUGACAACAAUGUCCAAUUCUUCACCUUCUCUCUUCACUGUGCUUCCGCAGCUGCCGACACUGCAUUUGUCACUUUUGAUAGCUGCGGCUCGGCUCGAGACCAUUCACAAUUUCGAGGCUGCAAACUUCGCCCUUGUCUACAACCAUUACGUAGAGUUACUGAAGCGCUCCAGGCUGCAGCGUUCCUCCUUGUCUGCUCGAUCUCAAGGCGCUGCGUUGACAGGUGCCGGGUUCAGGCAGUGGAGCAAGAGUACGGCAACGGGGGCAUGGGAGGAUCUGGCACAGUGGGAGAUGAUUGUGCCUGUCUCUAGAUCGGUUGCUGCUGGAGGUGGGAGCAAGUUCGGCGAAGACACUUUAGGUGGUGACAGCAUAGGGGUGAGGAUGUUCAGGGUAGACGUGGCUUUGGAUGAGAUUGCAUGGGCGGUGCGGGAGAGGUUGGGUGCUGCAGGCGCAGGCGAAGUGCUGACGAAGUGGUGCAACGAAGUGUAG